CGUUACAGUUUCCUGUCGUGUGUGUAUGACAGAGUGUGUUUGGAAGAAAAUGUCAGUGUAGCUCUAAGACCCUGAACAGAACACACACUCAUCUCAUCUCAUCUCAUCACAACUGCCAAUCAGACGGAGGGGAGGCGUCAACGAAGGUUAAAUAGAAAUAUUUUGGCCUGUAAGUGAACACAUCCGCUGCACGACUUUGAAGAGGAACGAUAAAGAAUUUUGCUCAUAAGAUCACCCUCCAUCUUCUCUGGCUCUGCUCUGAGGACAGAAUCAUGUUGUGUUGGAUACUAAUAUCACUGUUUGUUGGAUUUCUUAACGCGCAAGAAAACCCCAUGGUAAUUUAUGCUCAGAUAGGAGGGACUGUUACCCUACCGAGAGUGAAGGUAGAAGAAAAUGAAAAUAAUGUUUAUGUGAACUGGUACCGUGGGUCAGAAAACACCCCAACUAUCAUGAAGAAUCCUCAGAGUGGGAUCCAAAGGGCGAAAGACGUGAAGACACAUGCUAAUCUGUUGCCAGAUUUCUCUCUCCAAAUCUCACCAGUACAGCAUUCUGAUUAUGAAAUUUGGCGCUGUGAACAACAUGUAUUAAGGACUACUUCAGAAAAGACCUACAAACUGUACAAUGUCACUAUACCCAAAGUGCCUGCUGUGAUAGCUGGUGACCCUCUGUCUCUGGAAUGUAAAAUGGACUCUAGUCCAGUUAAACCCAAAGUGACAUGGAUUCCACCUGAAAACUCAGAUUGUGAUCCAAGACAAUAUAACACAAAAACCUUACCAUCAUUUCCCAUCAGUUAUGCAUCUGUCAAGUGUCAUAGUGGUGUAUGGACAUGCAAGUUGGAGUAUGAUGGAAGAGAAACAGAAGCAAAAACAACUGUUUUUAUAAUAGAACUCUCCCCUUUUCCAGAUACCAUUUUUACCUCGUCCUCGUCCUCCACAGUUGACAUUCCUUGUUCCUUGUCUUCUAACAUUCCCUGGUCGGUCUUGAAAGAAUUUGGCCUCAGGGGUGGUAACUGGAGCUUCACUCCUCUCAGCUACCCAAAUUCAACACAAUCGCUCCUCGAGCUCAGCAUGGAUCCGGUGGUCAGUUGGAGCAUCCCACAGGGCGCAGACAAUAAAGUCAAGGCAGAAAAACGGGAGUUGAAAGACCAGGAUCUAUCGAUUCGUAAUCUGCCUGUAUCAGAGAACGUUAGGGGGGUUUACACAUGCGAUCUGAUAUUUAACACCAAGAAACUUAGCAGGAAAGUCACGGUGGAGGUUCUGAAGAUUUCCUCUUCUGGAGGAUCUCGAGUAUAUGAUGGCCAAAGUGUGAAUCUGACAUGCACACUAGGACAUCAACAUAGCUCCGACCUCGAGGUGAAAUGGAGCUGCUCGUCUUGCUCCUUUAUUUCCAGUCUGAAGCCUCCUCAUCCAUCUUCCCUGUCCAUCCCUGAAGUGAAACUGAAGGACAGUGGGAAAUUGACAUGUGAACUCUGGAAAAAUGGGAAGAAGCUGACCUCUGCUGUGCUUUCAUUAAGGAUUGUGAAAGCUCCCGUGGACAUCUGGCUUUGUGUUGCCAUCAGCGGUGGAGUCGUGGGCUUCAUCUUGCUCCUUGUGAUCGUCAUCAUAUGCAUUCGUAGACACAGACAGAUGAUGAUGUACAGACGACGCAAAACCAAAUUCUGCUGCUGCAAUAAUCCCCAGCAGAAUCAAAAGGGAUUCUACAAGACGUGAGGAUUUUCAUUUUUAUUACCAUAUUAAUGUACAGUUGUCUGAACAAAUCCUCCCUUGCCAGAAGUGACUGUCAUCAUUGUGCAGAUGAUGCUGGAUUUUUAUAAUUGUGUCAAAUACUUUCAUAGCCACUUUAUAUACUAGAACAUGCUUGAUCACAAACUAUGUUAUAUGCAACUCAAACAAUAUGCUGUAUCUCUUUCUGUGUAUUUAACAUGAUAUCUUUUGUUUGGAGGAUAAAUGUGUUAACUGGAUAAAACUCAGUGGCUAUUGUAAUCUAAGCCCAAAGUGCCUCUUUAUAUUGUUUGUAUAUUUUUAUCCACUCCUGCUUACCUUAUCUUUUGAAUGCCCUUUUCCUUUUUUAAAUUAACAUUUUUGUUUGUUUGUUUGUUUGUUGUUUCUUAAUGUCAGAAAACAGGACCUGAAAAUAUUGAUGUAAAAUAAAAUAUAUUAGAUGAAAUAAAA